AUGGCGCAUGCGCCGGAAGUGACUGGAUUCACCGUUCACCGACACGACGAUCUCCCGUCCAUACCAAGAACGAAGGUGUACGUGAUGUUUGUGGAUUUCAAUGAAAGGAGUGUCAUUCUCGAAGACCCACGAAAAGGACUGGGAGAUCUCCGGUUGCUUACCAUGCGACAGUUGUGGAGCCUUGGAGGAGACGCAAUGCUGGUGUACUGUGGAGAUGUAGGCUCCAGACAUCUUAAGGGAAAUGAUUUAUUCAACAGAGACCUGACGUCCAUCUACCACCACCAGGAACUCUCUAGGCUGAAAACCCAGGAACGAAUGUUCAGCAUGCACGACCGAUUUACGACUUACCAAGAAAACCAUAUCAGAAAUAUCAUUUUUACAAACUGUUGCUAA